AUGUCUGGAUUGAGCCACUUCAACUGCGAGCUUUUACCCGAUGCUAACACAGACGACCAUUUAAUUUGCCCAAUAUGGUAAGGUUUACUUUUAUUGAUUAGUUAACGUAUUGUCUUUCAAAACUUGUCUAGGUCAUAAGUUUUUUUAGUUUAUUUGCCCUUUAAUCUACCGGGCCAUACGAGGCUGAAUUGUUACCCCGAGUUCCAUGAACGAGUUAAACUUUAGUGAGAACAGCAGCAACCUACCAUCACUUAAUUCGCCAAUGUAGUUCUCUUUAGUGAUCGCCGUGACAUAAGCAUAAGCCGACAUAAGGACAAUAACAAGAGCUAAAAAUGUUCUUCUUGUGCUUAUGCUAUGCUUGCCUUUCGGAAAUCGUAAGAACAUAAGAGAAAUAAGCGUUUGUUCUUCUUUGUGCCUCUGCGCUAGUCAAAAGUAGCCCUAACUCUCAGCAACCGUCCCUUGUGAGAUCAUUCAAUUCUCGUUAAGGUUCCGUACGAGAAAGUUUUCCCAUGUGAGUUGUCACUGGACGUCGAGGCUUUGCUUGUGCGUGCUAGGGAGAAUUGGGAACUUUUCCUUCUGCAGACCUGUCGAGCUUCAUUGCGAAAGAAAAAAGAAAAGCUGACGACAAGGGAAGAGUCAGUUUAACUCCAAGUUCGGCAAAAAAGAGAAUACAGAUCAAUCGCUAAGAAGAAGCCCCAAAACAAGGGAAAUUUAUGGCAACUGCGUCCUGACCUCAAAACUCUAGCGACUUGGUUCAAUGCGUGCGGUGCAAAGUAUUUAGCGGAAGUGCAUAAGAAUUCCUAUUCAAACCUUAAUAAGAGUUUGAACAAUUGACAGUUCACAUUCUCUUUUGGCUUGUUAACUUGGCAAUGAUUCGUAGCUCAUUUACGAUUAAAAUUGAUCAGUUUGUUUUUUUUCCCUGGCGCUCACUACCGAUUCCUUUUCCGAAAGCUUUCACCUUUAGUCCGGGUUAAGUUAAAAGACGCACUAACCCAAGAUGCGCCGAUCUAAAUUGUGCCAUAAAGGAGGAAAAAUUCAUUUCCUUGGCUCGUAAAAGUGUCACUUACAUAAAAACAAACACUUCUCUGUCCAUCAUGAAACACUUAGCCCGGUGUUCUUUCUAGUCUAACCAUAUCUUUGAAUUUUUACUCUGGUAAUUUUAGUCGCGGGUCUGGUUGCUCAAGGCAGAUUUACCAUUACUUUUAGGGAGAAUUUUGAUCAUCUUUUGUUAAAUUCAUGAAGUAUCCAGCAAACAUCUUGUGUUCUUUUGAUUUUUGUGCUGCUUUCAUAUUGGGUUAGUGCUAGUCGGUUAUCAAAAGACGCGAUUCGGCUGAUUACGGUAGCCAACGCUUGCGCUCAUGUUUAGGUUUUUUGCAUUUAUGCGUAGGUCCCCGUUGCGGGGCAUACGCUAGGUGCCACCCUUGACGGGAUCUGGUGCCAGUUGUGUGUUUAUAAAUCUUUAUGUGGAUCGAAAGCUGUAAAAUGAGUUCACGUAUUUUUUGUUGAUGGAAUCGCGUUCUAUUUUUUAGCAAGGAGCUGAUGAACAGACCCGUGUCCUUAUUGUGCGGACACAGUGGAUGCCAAGAAUGUAUACAUCAGCUUAUUUCAAAUCAAUCCGGAGGUGGACGGGAAAAGGCGUGUGCAGUAUGUCGGGAGCCAAUCAACGAACACAUGUUGAACAUCAGCAUACCCCUCAGUUCAGUCAUUUCCAAAUUGAAUGUGAAAUGCACAAACGUUGGCUGCUCGUGGGUCGGUGAGCAUGGUUCUAAGGAGAGACAUCAAGAGACCUGCUCAUUCCUCCUUCUGGAAUGCCCCAAUGGCUGUCCUGGAUCGCAUUUGCGAGAUUCACUUGAGCGUCACUUGGAGAUCUGCCCUCAAGAGAAAGUACCUUGCAAGUACUGCACUGCUGAGGUGGAGAGGUAUAUACUAGAUCAGCAUGAACCAACCUGUCAAGAAAAGCCCGGACCAUGUCCAUUAAAUUGUGGCCAUAAUUUGCCCAGGUCAGUUAUCAUUCAGUUAUCGCCAUGA